AUGGUCCCUCACAGUGAAAAGACAAGCGGCUCCCAAAGAAGCUCAAGAGUGUGUGUGGAGGCGGGGGCAGGAGGGGGGACCCCAAAGCUCAGGUACCAGCUGCUGCAGCGCCCUUCCCCGCCUCCUGCGGGGGGGGUCAAUGCCCCAUCCUCAGGCUUCCACCCAACUGAGCCGCGCGACCCUCUUUGGAGGACCAGGGGGCGGCCCGAAGGCCGCACACGCCUGCAGCCAACGCGCAGGCCCCGCGUUCCCCGGAGCGCGGGCCGGGCUGAGGCCUGGCCCAUCGCCGCGGCAAGCAGCCCGGGCCCCGCCGCGGAACGCCCUGAGCCUUCGCCCGAGGGACCGAGAAGAGGGGGGCGGCUCUCUCCGUGCCGCGCCGCUGCCUCACCCGCAAGGACGUCCGCGACCGUGUCCCUAUCCCGGGCCAAACCGCGAGCAGCAGCAGGUGUUCCUCGGAAGGCUCGGCCGGCCACGGGGAUAGGGGCCUGGGCUGCUAAGCUCGGCAGCAGUGGACCGGCAGCGCACUCACCGAGCGCCGGCGGGCGGGCCGCGGCAGGUGCUUGCUCCUCCCGGCCGCAAGACGCCGCGCCGCCGCCGCCGCUCCCCGGGGACUCGGCGCCAAGCUGCCGUCGCCGCCGCUGCCGUAGCCGAGCCCGAGGAGCGCGAGCGCCGCACCGCAGCCUCCGCGCGAGCACGUACCGGGCGGUGAGAGGGCGCCGAGCGCGAGGGCGGGGCGCGCGGCCGGAACCUAGCAACCGCCUGACACGCGAGUGCCGCAGCCAAUCCCGCGGCCAGCUCCGCGCGGCGCCGACCGGCAGUCCGCGCGACGCCCGCUUCUGCCUGCGUCCGCCGCCCCGCAGCGCGCCGCACCCGCGCACAGGCCCCGCCUUCAUCCGCGCCGCUCCGCUCAUUGGCCCGCCACGCCCCUGUCCAAGAGGACACGCCCUAUCCUGGAAGCCCUGCCCCCGGCCAGUAGCGUCCGUCCCCGGGACACGCCCCGGCCCGUCCGGAUUGCCCCCAGCCCUCUGGGCUGGUAGUGGGGGAGGGGCGUCCCGCCAACCUCAGGCAUUGGGGCCUCUGAGACGCUCCCAACCGACCCAGGGUGGUCAGGCUCGAGAACUGGCCCUGCCACAACUGACCACCUAUCGUUUGGCCCUCCGAUUUCCCUGGAACGCAAAUCGAGAGUCCACAGAUAUUUAUGGAGUCUAUUGUAUGCUGAGAACACAACCAGGGUUGAGAGGAACAAGCACUGCUGUUGUGGAGCCCAAACUCUAGUGUAACAGGAUGAAGAUUAAAUUAAAAUGCAAUAGAAGACCAAAGGCAGAAAAGUUAGAAGUCACAGCCGGGACAACUAAGAAGUGUGUAUUCCCACUCCUUAGUGGGGAAAGCUGCAUGCAGGAAACAAGGUACGUGGAGGGGAGUCAAGCAACCUGCCUGGUCUGAGAAGGCCACCUGGAGCAGGGGUCACUGCAGCUGACUCUGGGGAAGGGAGCAGCUGAGUUUCCUGCUGGCUUGGUAAAUUCCCGGGAGGGGUUCAACAGUGGCAGAGCCUGUCUAGGCCUGGCCAGAUGGACAAGAAUGGGGCAAAGGUGACUGCCCAAGCAGGCCCUGACCAGGCAUCCUAGACUUUGCUGGAACUUGCCUGGCUCUGAGCAGAAUGCUCUGGAAUGGGGGUCAAGUAGGGGGAGCUCAGGGAAGGAGAUAGGGGAACUAACAAGACAGGCAGCUGGGCAGCCUCCUGCUGGACCUUCAUUGCCCAACACUGGAGUCAUCUGUCCCAGAUUCCUUUCAUAAUGGGAUAAAAUGUACCCACAGUGAGGCCUGAAGUGGGGCCUGGUAGAGACCAGUGACUUCAGUGGCAGGACAGUUGGGUCCCAGGAAAGCCAGAGAAGCAUACACAUUCCUUGGCUUCCUGUCCCCAGCAGCUGCAGGAAGCUGCUCCAAGCUCCCAGCUGUGCCCAGCAACCCCUAAGGACAGGAAAAAGUCUUGUAUCUUGCCAUCCCUCUGAUUGGACACAGAGAGAGUCCUGGAUGGGGUGACUGAGUACUCAACGGCAGGCCCCAAGGGAGGAGGUGGGGCUGCAUGUCAACGUUUGGGGAGGCAGCUUAGGUCUUGUAUGGGACAGAGCCUGUGGCAAAGGUCCCCAACCUUCCUUAAUUUCAUAAUCUGAAAAGGCUAUUAACACUUUUCCCAGACAAUCACUCCCUACACACACACAAUCUUGCCUAUAAUUUAAAAGGAUUCUGGGAUGCCUGGGUGGCUCUGUUGGUUGAAUCUCCAACUCUUAAAUUAGGGUCAGGUCAUGAUCCCAAGGUCACGAGAUCUAGCCCAGUGUGGGGCUUCACACUGGACAAGGAGCCUGCUUGGGAUUUUCUCUCUGCCUCUGCCCCUCUCAUCUACUAACACAUUCUCUCUCUUCAAAAAUAUAGAUAGAUGGUAGAUAGAUGAUAGAUAGAUAGAUAGAUAGAUAGAUAGAUAGAUCGAUCGAUCCUAAUCAGGCUUGGAGCUUCUGGAGUGUGCUUAAUUAAGGUCAGUGAAAUUCCAGUCUGUUUCUGCCUCUGCUGGCUGUGAGUCAUGGGUCAUCUCCAGGCCAUCUUGACUUGCACUGCCCUCUAGAGCCUGAGAAGUUGGACUAGGGGAGCUUCUAGGGGCCCAUCUGCUCUGCCAUCUCCUUGGAGCUAUUUCAAGUCAUCCUACUGGAGACUAUAAAAGAAAGAACAUCUUUAAACCCAGCUGAGAAUCUAGACCUGAACUCACCAGAGCUGGGCUGUCCCACUCACACUAGGCUUCCUCAGCUUCCCAACAGUAUCUAUUAUCAGCCUACCUUCCUCCCACCCAGAUGAGUCUGGCAGUCAAUACAUGGGCCUCUGGGAGCUUUUGAGGCCUCUCAAUCACACAUACACUUAUCAACACACCUUCUGUUUUUCUUUUCAUUUAUUGGUUCUAACAGUCAUUUGACACAUUUACUUAGCACUUGCUACAUAUCCGGCCUUGGGCUAAGUGUAGCAUAAAUCCAAAUCAUGCCCAUAGUUCUGGGUCCUGCCCGAGUCUCAUGCCCUCCCAACUUUGACUGCCCACCCAGCAUAGCCCUCCCAAUUGGUUCAUCUUGAAACUAAAUCCUUCUUCCAAUAAUUUGGAGCUUUUUGGUAAGCUGCCCAGUGUAGCCACCUCAAAGCAGAGCCUGCCCUUGUUAAUCAUUUCUUGUUACCUCCUGCUGUCAACCAGCAACUUUGGAUGCAUAGUAGGCAGGAAGGGAGGGAAACAACUUCUGUCUGCCCUAGGAUCCGGGAGACCUUUAAUAAAGUGCCCUGGCUGAAUCCUGGAGAGAGUAUGCUGGAUGUGUUUCUUGCCAUUUUGUUCAGAGUACUUACCACUACUAGACAUUAUAUGUAAACUAAUUGAUUUGUCUUAUCUCCUCU